AUGCAUCGUAAUCACCUCUGCCUCCCCUCCUCACACUGCAAGGCACUGUUCAUCUAUUUCACCUUUUUAGCAGCAGUGGCGAUUACGCAUCGUAAUAGUGUUCACCUCUGCAUCUCCCUCCCUCACACUGCAAGGCACUGUUCAUCUAUUUCACCUUUUCUAGCAGCAGUGGCGAUUACGCAUCGUAAUAGUGUUCACCUCUGCCUCCCUCCCUCACACUGCAAGGCACUGUUCAUCUAUUUCACCUUUUCUAGCAGCACAGCAGUGGCGAUUACGCAUCGUAAUAGUGUUCACCUCUGCCUCCCUCCCUCACACUGUUCAACUAUUUCAAGGCAUCACUGUUCAACUGCAAGGCAUUUCAUUUCACCUUUUCUAGCAGCAGUGGAGAUUACGCAUCGUAAUAGUGUUCACCUCUGCCUCCCUCCCUCACACUGCAAGGCACUGUUCAACUUUUCACCUUUUUUAGCAGCAGUGGCGAUUACGCAUCGUAAUAGUGUUUCACCUGCCUCCCUCCCUCACACUGCAAGGCACUUGUUCACCUCUGCCUCCCUCCCUCACACUGCAAGGCACUGUUCAUCUAUUUCACCUUUUCUAGCAGCAGUGGCGAUUACGCAUCAUAAUAGUGUUCACCUCUGCCUCCUCCCUCACACUGCAAGGCACUCAGCAGUGGAGAUUACGCAUCGUAGCAUAGUGUUCACCUCUGCCUCCCUCCUCACACUGCAAGGCACUCAGCAGUGGCGAUUACGCAUCGUAAUAGUGUUCACCUCUGCCUCCCUCCCUCACACUGCAAGGCACUGUUCAUCUAUUUCACCUUUUUUAGCAGCAGUGGCGAUUACGCAUCGUAAUAGUGUUCACCUCUGCCUCCCUCCCCUCACUGCAAGGCACUGUUCAUCUAUUUCACCUUUUCUAGGCAGCAGUGGCGUGGCGAUUACGCAUCUUUCACACCUUUCCUACACUGCAAAGGUGGCGAUUCACCGCAUCAGUAAUACGCAUCAUGUAGUGUUCACCUCUGCCUCCCUCCCUCACACUGCAAGGCACUGUUCAUCUAUUUCACCUUUUUUAGCAGCAGUGGCGAUUACGCAUCGUAAUAGUGUUCACCCUGCCUCCCUCCCUCACACUGCAAGGCACUGUUCAUCUAUUUCACCUUUUCUAGCAGCAGUGGCGAUUACGCAUCGUAAUAGUAUUCACCUCUGCCUCCCUCCCUCCCUCACACUGCAAGGCACUCAGCAGUGGAGAUUACGCAUCGUAAUAGUGUUCACCUCUGCCUCCCUCCCUCACACUGCAAGGCACUGUUCAUCUAUUUCACCUUUUUUAGCAGCAGUGGAGAUUACGCAUCGUAAUAGUGUUCACCUCUGCCUCCCUCCCUCACACUGCAAGGCACUGUUCAACUAUUUCACCUUUAGCAGCAGUGGCGAUUACGCAGUGGAGAUUUCACCUCUGUAUUCACACUCUGCCUGUUCCUCACCCGCAGCACACUGCAAAGUAUUCACUGUUCACACUAUUUCACCUUUUUUAGCAGCAGUGGAGAUUACGCAUCGUAACAGUGUUCACCUCUGCCUCCCCUCCCCUCACACUGCAAGGCACUGUUCAACUAUUUCACCUUUUUUAGCAGCAGUGGCGAUUACGCAUCGUAAUAGUGUUCACCUCUGCCUCCUCCCUCACACUGCAAGGCUAAGGCACUGUUACGCAUCUAUUUUCACCUUUUCUGCAAGCAGCACCUUUUUAGCAGCAGAUUACGCAUCGCACUGUUCAUCUAUUUCACCUUUUCUAGCAGCAGUGGCGAUUACGCAUCGUCGUAAUAGUGUUCACCUCUGCCUCCCUCCCUCACACUGCAAGGCACUGUUCAUCUAUUUCACCUUUUCUAGCAGCACAGCAGUGGAGAUUACGCAUCGUAAUAGUGUUCACCUCUGCCUCCCUCCCUCACACUGCAAGGCACUGUUCAUCUAUUUCACCUUUUCUAGCAGCAGUGGAGAUUGCAUCGUAAUAGUGUUCACCUCUGCCUCCCUCCCUCACACUCAGGCACUUUUCACCUCUGCCUCCCUCCCUCACACUGCAAGGCACUGUUCAACUAUUUCACCUUUUCAGCAGCAGUGGCGAUUACGCAUCGUAAUAGUGUUCACCUCUGCCUCCCUCCCUCACACUGCAAGGCACUGUUCAUCUAUUUCACCUUUUCUAGCAGCAGUGGAGAUUACGCAUCGUAAUAGUGUUCACCUCUUUUCUGCCUCAAAUCAUAAUCAGUGUUCCCCCUGCCUCCACACUGCAAGGCACUGUUCAAUCUAUUUCACCUUUUCUAGCAGCAGUGAGAUUACGCAUCGUAAUAGUGUUCACCUCUGCCUCCCUCCCUCACACUGCAAGGCACUGUUCAUCUAUUUCACCUUUUCUAGCAGCAGUGGCGAUUACGCAUCUUCACCUCUGCCUCCCUCCCUCACACUGCAAGGCACUGUUCAAUCUAUUUCACCUUUUCUAGCAGCAGUGGCGAUUACGCAUCGUAAUAGUGUUCACCUGCCUCCCUCCCUCACACUGCAAGGCACUCAGCAGUGGAGAUUACGCAUCGUAAUAGUGUUCACCUCUGCCUCCCUCCCUCACACUGCAAGGCACUGUUCAUCUAUUUCACCUUUUCUAGCAGCAGUGGAGAUUACGCAUCGUAACAGUGUUCACCUCUGCUCUCCCUCCCUCACACUGCAAGGCACUUGUUCACCUCUGCCUCCCCUCUCUCACACUGCAAGGCACUGUUCAUCUAUUUCACCUUUUCUAGCAGCAGUGGCGAUUACGCAUCGUAAUAGUGUUCACCUCUGCCUUCACCUCUGCACUGUUCCUAUUUCACCUCACACUGCAAGGCUGCCUCCCUCCCUGUGCAAGACACUGUGCAUCUAUUUCACCUUUUCUAGCAGCAGUGGAGAUUACGCAUCUUUUCCUCCUGCCUCCCUCCCUCACACUGCAAGGCACUGUUCAUCUAUUUCCACCUUUUCUAGCAGCAGUGGAGAUUACGCAUCAUGUAAUAGUGUUCACCUCUGCCUCCCCCCUCACACUGCAAGGCACUGUUCAUCUAUUUCACCUUUUCUAGCAGCAGUGAGAUUACGCAUCGUAAAUAGUGUUCACCUCUGCCUCCCUCCCUCACACUGCAAGGCACUGUUCAUCUAUUUCACCUUUUCUAGCAGCAGUGGGAUUACGCAUCGUAAUAGUGUUCACCUCUGCCUCCCCCCUCACACUGCAAGCACUGUUCACACUGCAAGGCAUCUGUUCACCUCUGCCUCCCUCCCUCACACUGCAGGGGCACUGUUCAUCUAUUUCACCUUUUCUAGCAGCAGCACCUCUACACUAGCAGCAGUGGAGCGCUGUUCAUCCCUCACAUUUCACUGUUCAUCUUUUCUUUCAGCAGUGGAGAUUACGCAUCGUAAUAGUGUUCACCUCUGCCUCCCUCCCUCACACUGCAAGACACUGUUCAUCUAUUUCACCUUUUCUAGCAGCACAGCAGUGGAGAUUACGCAUCGUAAUAGUGUUCACCUCUGCCUCCCUCCCCUCACACUGCAAGGCACUCAGUGGAGAUUACGCAUCGUAAUAGUGUUCACCUCUGCCUCCCUCCCUCCUCACACUGCAAGGCACUGUUCAUCUAUUUCACCUUUUCUAGCAGCAGUGGAGAUUACGCAUCGUUAUAGUGUUCACCUCUGCCUCCCUCUCCCUCACACUGCAAGGCACUGUUCAUCUAUUUCACCUUUUCUAGCAGCAGUGGCGAUUACGCAUCGUAAUAGUGUUCACCUCUGCCUCCCCUCCCUCACACUGCAAGGCACUCAGCAGUGGAGAUUACGCAUCGUAAUAGUGUUCACCUCUGCCUCCCUCCCUCACACUGCAAGGCACUGUUCAUCUAUUUCACCUUUUCUAGCAGCAGUGGAGAUUACGCAUCGUAAUAGUGUUCACCUCUGCCUCCCUCCCUCACACUGCAAGGCACUGUUCAUCCACCUUUCUAGCAGCAGGAGAUUGGCGAUUACGCACCUCUUCACCUCUGCCUCCCUCCCUCACACUGCAAGGCACUGUUCAUCUAUUUCACCUUUUUUAGCAGCAGUGGCGAUUACGCAUCCAGCAGUGGCGAUUACGCAUCGUAAUAGCACCUCUGCCUCCCCUCCCUCACACUGCAAGACACUGUUCAUCUAUUUCACCUUUUUCUGCGUAAUAGUGUUCACCCUCCCUCCCUCCCUCACACUGCAAGGCACUCAGCAGUGGAGAUUACGCAUCGUAAUAGUGUUCACCUCUGCCUCCCUCCCUCACACUGCAAGGCACUGUUCAACUAUUUCACCUUUUCUAGCAGCAGUGGAGAUUACGCAUCGUAAUAGUGUUCACCUCUGCCUCCCUCCCUCACACUGCAAGGCACUGUUCAUCUAUUUCACCUUUUCUAGCAGCUUUUCUACCUCUGCCUCUCCUCCCUCACACUGCAAGGCACUGUUCAUCUAUUUCACCUUUUCUAGCAGCAGUGGCCAGCAGUGGAGAUUACGCAUCGUAAUAGUGUUCACCUCUGCCUCCCUCCCUCACACUGCAAGGCACUGUUCAUCUAUUUCACCUUUUCUAGCAGCAGUGGAGAUUACGCAUCGUAAUAGUGUUCCUCUGCCUCCCUCCCUCACACUGCAAGGCACUCAGCAGUGGAGAUUACGCAUCGUAAUAGUGUUCACCUCUGCCUCCCUCCCCUACACUGCAAGGCACUGUUCAUCUAUUUCACCUUUUCUAGCAGCAGUGGAGAUUACGCAUCGUAAUAGUGUUCACCUCACCUCCCUUUCUGCAAGGCACUGUUCAUCUAUUUCACCUUUUCUAGCAGCAGUGGCGAUUACGCAUCGUAAUAGUGUUCACCUCUGCCUCCCUCCCUCACACUGCAAGGCACUGUUCAUCUAUUUCACCUUUUUAGCAAGUGGCGAUUACGCAUCUGUUCACCUCUCCUUUCAAGGCACUCAGCAGUGGAGAUUACGCAUCGUAAUAGUGUUCACCUCUGCCUCCCUCCCUCACACUGCAAGGCACUGUUCAUCUAUUUCACCUUUUCUAGCAGCAGUGGAGAUUACGCAUCGUAAUAGUGUUCACCUCUGCCUCCCUCCCUCACACUGCAAGGCACUGUUCAUCUAUUUUCACCUUUUUGCAGCAGUGGCGAUUACGCAUCAUAGUGUUCACCUCUGCCUCCCUCCCUCACACUGCAAAGGCACUGUUCAUCUAUUUCACCUUUUCUAG